AUGAAAAUUGUAAUUUUAAUCUCGCUUAUAAUAUGUUCAUUGUUUCAUGAGGGAAUAAAUCUCUCAGAUGGAAGAUUUCCGAAUACAUGUGAUCAAAUAAUACUUGAUCAAUAUAAUGUGAAUCCUACAACUUGUUCGUCUGAUUUUAUCAUUCAAUCUUCAACAUCUACUUAUACAAUUGAUGAACCUAUUCAUGUUACGAUUCGAAGUAUUAUACCAGAUAAAAAAUUCAUUGGUAUUUAUUUAUUUGCUCAGGAUACUGAAAAUAUUAAUAUUGGAAGUUGGAAAACGACAGAUUCAUUAAUUGAAAGUGUUUCAUGUAAUGGUUUAAUGGAUAAUUCAAAAGUAGAAAAGACGAGUAUCGAAGCAGUUUGGUAUCCUUCAUCAAAAGUUUCAGGCGAUAUUAUAAUCAAAGCAGUAAUUAUUGAAAAUGACAAGACAAUUUAUAUUGAUUGUUAUAAUAUUAUCUUAACUCCACGAGGAACACAUCUUGACACAAAUACUACAACCACAACUAUUUCUCCUACUACUACACAAACUAAUACCACAACAAUUAGUAGUACACAAUUAACAACUACAUCAGGUUUCGCUAACACAACACGAACUCCUUCACCUGCUGCUGAUGUUUCCAUCAAUGUAACAUGGACAUAUAAUAAUGAAAACAAUGUUACAAGUGUUCAGAUGAUUGUUAACCAUCUACAAGCAGGAAUGUGGGCUGCUUUAGGUCUUAACUUAGAAGAAGCUAUGGGUGAAGCUCAUGUAUUUAUGUGUAAACGACUUGCUAAUAAUACAAUUGUUAUAAAUCGAUAUGUAAAUCCUCAUAAGCAUGAACAUCCUCAACCUGCUGGGUCAGAACAAGGUGGUACAUUAACACCUGGUCAACAACAGUUCAAUGAUGGUGUUAUGAUUUGUCAGUUCACUUUGUCAAAUUUUACUAUGGAAACACUUCGACAACUGGAAACUGUUAGACCACUUUCUCAGUCAACGAGCUAUCAUCCAUUAUUUGCUGUUGGAUUGUUGAAUAGCAGUAAUGAGCCACUCAAACAUUUUGAAGACUCACAUACAGCUCUAUCUGAUCAUGUUCAAUUAAAUCAAAAUGAAACUAUUCUUUAUAGAAUAAAUAGUACUGAUGAUGGAGAAUCACUUACAUUUGUACGAGUUCAUGGAACUAUUAUGAUCUUUACAUGGAUAUUAAUUGCUUCAACAGGUGCACUUAUUGCACGUUAUUUCAAAAACUCUUGGGCAAAUACUUUCAUUUGUGGUAAAGCUGCAUGGUUUGCUGCUCAUCGAUUUCUUAUGAGUACUGCUGCAACUCUUACCGUGGUUGGAUUUUUAUUCAUUUUGGUCUAUCUUCAAGGUGCAUGGGUAGAUAAAGGUCCAACGCGAUACUAUGCACAUUCAAUAACAGGUGUUAUUGUAAUAAGUUUCUCUUUCUUUCAACCUUUUAUUGCAUUAUUUCGUUGUGAACCGGAUAGUCGAUUUCGAUUUAUUUUUAAUUUUAUUCAUGCAGUUAUUGGUUUUUCAGCAUUCAUUCUUUCGAUGGCAACAAUAUUUCUAGCUACUUAUUUUAAAGUAUUGAAAGAUACAAAAGCUCGAAUUCUUAUGAUCAUAUGGAUUGUUUGGAUUGGAUUAAUAUUUAUUAUUUUCGAAAUUAUGCAAUAUCAUUCUCGAAAGAAACUUAAUGAAUCAGGUUAUUCGAAUAUAAAUACAUCGAAUACAACAAUUGGAGAAAUUGUAGAAAGUCCAAAAUCUUCAACAACUACAUUAACUCAUUUUGUUAAUCAAGAAGAAAAUUCACCAGCAAGAAAAUCAAAAAAUGUUCUUCUUGCUAUACAUGUACUUGUUGCUGGUGUAAUUUCAAUCGUUAUGGUUGUAUUUCUUUUUUCAUCAUCAUAG